UAACCUUCAAAAAAUUUCUAAAUUGGAGUGAAAUUGAUUAAUUACAUAAAAACUCUACUAUCCCUAAUUGAACUUCAUUUGAUUAUUUUUUUAAUCGUUCACCAGGUUUCACAGCUCACGUCCCAAUUCUUUCAUGUUUUAAUAUAUAAGAUAAAGAGUAAUUUUAUUAGGAAUAAGUUCAAAGACUUUGAAGUUGCUUUAUUUCUUUAUUUGACUGCAAACUAAAGUAGGAGCACACCGUCACAUUUUUCACCUUUCUGUUGAAAUAACACAAAAAUUAGUUUAAGAUGUUGAUUAAGUUAUUUUAAAAGAACUCCUAAUUCAUUAAAACUUAUAUAAGAGUACAGAGCAAUAUGUUUCAUUCAAAAAAAUCUAAAAAUCUGACAACUAAAAAUAAUAGCGGUCCUUUCUCUCUCUUCUUCGGCUUUCUCUCGGCGCAUGAUAGUCUUGUGCUAAAAGUGCAUGGCAAAAAGGAAGCCGGAGAGGAAGAAAUCUGACCCGAAAGAUGAGGAGAUUAACAAAAUUGUUGAGGAAAUUGAAGAAUCUGGUUCAAGAAGAGAGAAGCAAGUUCCAAUUUGAUGAAAAACCCUAGCCCCAAUUUGAUAAUGGAGGUCAAUCAAAAUGAUGGGUUUAGUGAAGGGUGUGAAUCUGGUAAGUUGAAGGAUGCGCUUGAUAAUCAGAAUCGGAAAAUAGAUGCGCGACAGUUGACAUGGUCAGAUCGAGCACUCACUAGGAAGGAGCAAAAUCCUUGGUGACAAUGGAUCUAUUGAAGCUAAGGAAACCAAGGAGUAAGAUCCAAUACUUUGAACCGCAGGAAAUUGAGGGUCAGAAGAUUGCCAAAGUGCGGAAAGAGUCGGUUCAGAUUGAGGAAGAUUAUUGGGAAUCGUCGAUCAUCUGCUUUGUUCUUGGGGCGAAUCCACCACUGUGGGUGAUGGAAGCAUACUGCAAAAAGAUUUAGGGUUAUCUUGGCUUGGAUAAGGUACUUCUCCUUCCCUCUGGGACGUUUGAAGUACGAUCCCAUACUGUGAAUUCUAGGGACGAAGUGUUAAGUACUUUAUUUUAUCAUUUUGUCUCUAAGUCUUUGAUUGUAAAACCAUGGGGGUUGAAAAGGGAUUGAACUGUAAGGAAGUGGAGCGUGUUCCUAUAUGGUUGCAGCUACAUGGUUUAGAGGUUAAACACUGGAAUCUUGAAACUCUGGGAAGGAUCACUAGUACUGUAAGUUGUCCCAUUAUGGCUAAUGAGUGUACUGUUGAGAAAACUAGGGUCCAAUAUGCCAGGUUGUGGGUGGAUAUGGAGAUUACAGAGACUGUUCCUGAUAAAUUGAUAUUUGAAGAUGAAAAUGGGGUAAUUAAAGUACAAAAAAUCACAUAUGAAUGGACUCUUACUAAGUGUAAUACUUGUAAUGGGUAUUGGCAUAGCACUGAGAAGUGUAGAAGAAUCCUUACUAAGGUGGGUGAAAGGAAGAAAACAGUGCCACAAAACACUUUUGAGUGGGAAGUAGUCGGAAGGAAAGUGGAUGAAGGAAAACAGAACCAACCUUGUCUUACCUUAACUCAGAUACUAAGGAGGAGUCUGCUGGGAUGACUCAAUCAACUGAGGAACCCAAAAAAGACUCCAACUAUGCUGUUGAGUGUGAGUUGUAGGUAGUGAAUGAUCAACAGGCCCCUAGACUCAUACAAAGGGAUAACCCUAUUGUCACAGAUACGGAGGUGGUAGCUGCUGGACAGUCCUUGAUUGGAUUGUCCAAAGAAGUUACUGUUGCUGCUGAUAAUGGGGAAAGGUUGAGCAUAACACAAGCAGAUAGGAGGAAGAUUAUGUCGGAUCCUGAUCCACAUAUCAUCCAUGCAUAACAUUCUUUCUUGGAAUAUUAGGGAAUUGAAUGCCCCUUUAAAACAAAGGGAGGUGAGUCGAAUGGCCCGAUUACAUAAAGUCAACCUAGUUUGUGUUAUUGAUGCUAAGCUGACCACAGUAAGGAUGGAUGAGUAUUUACUGAAUAAUUGGAGUAAUAGGGAAUGGCUGAGUAAUAAUACAAGUGAUUUCCGGGGUAGAAUUCUCUUAAUAUGGGAUGACAGUCUAAAAGUGCAAGAAUUAUCUAAGUCUAGUUAGUAUAUUCACUGUUGUGUUACAAGUAAGCAGGAUGAUAGUAUAUUUUUCUUUAUUGGAAUUUAUGCUAGCGAUGAGGCAGGAAGGUAGAUUGGAUUUAUGGAAUGACUUAGUGGAUCUAUCAGUCAAUAUAAAGGAUCCCUGGUUGUUAGUGGGUGAUUUUAACAAUGUUUUGAAGUCUGAAGAAAAGUUGGGAGGUAGGCCUUUAUCAGUGGGUGAAGUUGAAGCAUUUCUGGCCGUAUAGACGAGUGUGGGGUCCUGGACUUAAAGCAGCAAGGUAAACUUUAUACAUGGUGUAAUAUGCAAAGUGCUUAAGAGAGGAUCUACUCUAAACUUGACAGAGCAUAGGUAAAUGGUGAAUGGAUUGAUAGCUUUCCUGAUUCUUCAGUGACUGUACUUUCAGAGGGUGUCUCUGAUCACUCUCCUCUGUUGGUGAAGUUGCAAGAAGAAAGGAUGAGUAUUAGGAAACCUUUCCGGUUCUUUAACAUGUGGAGCCAUUCUCCUCAAUAUUUGGAAGUGGUGAAGCAAAGUUGGCAGAUCCGUGUUAAGGGUACAUGUAUGUAUCAGUUAUAUAUGAAGUUAAAAAGAUUGAAGCCUAAGUUAAAGAGGCUAAACAAGGAUCAUUUUGCUGAUAUAGUAAUUUAGGCUGACACGGAUCAAAAGAGUCUGCAACAGUUACAGGAAUUGUAGGCUAGUAAUCCAAAUAAUGUUGUCUUACAGGAUCAGGAAAGGCAUGCAUAUUUAAAGUAUAUUGCUUCAAGCAAGGGGGCUUUGAGUUUUAUGAAACAAAAGGCGAAGGAGGACUGGUUGAUUAGUGGGGAUGAAAAUACUGCAUUCUUUCACUCUAAACUUAGGGCUCGACAUAUGAAGAACAAAGUGUGGUCUCUGAUUGAUGAUAAUGGCAAUCAGAUUCGGGACUGGAAGGAGAUAGAAAGUCAUUUUAUUGACUAUUAUAAGAAGCUGCUGGGUCAAAGUUCUCCAAGAGUAAAAGCAGAAUCAGAGGUGUUUGAUCAGGGUUUGAGGUUGAGUGUGGAGCACCAGUUGCAGUCGCUGAAACUAGUCACAACGAAGGAAAUUAAAGAAGCAAUAUGGAGUAUGAAUGCCAAUAAAAGCCCAUGUCCAGAUGGUUACGGUGCAGGCUUUUUCGAAAUAACUUGGGGUGUGGUAGAAAAAGACGUGGUCAAUGCAGUGCUUGAAUUUUUCAAGUGUGAUCAGGGUGAUCCCGUCUCACUGCUACUGUUUGUCCUCAUCAUGGAGUAUCUGACUCGAAGCUUCAAGAGAAUCAGCAAGCAACCAUGGUAUAAAGGCAGUGUUGGAGGGUUUUUCAAAGAUCACUGGCUUGGAAGCGAAUGCACAAAAGUCUGAAAUAUAUUUUGGAGGGUUACAAGCUCAGCAACAGCAAGAAUUUUGUGAGCUAACAAGAUUCAACAAAGCAAGUGCAUAAUUGGUUGGGAAAUCAAAGGUUGGAUAGAAGAAUGGAUAGAUGGCAAUCACAGAUCAUGCAAAUUUGGAAAGGAGCAAGGAUGAAAAGAGCUAUAUCAUGGCCUGCUGUAAAUGCAAUAAUAUAUCACAUUUGAGAGGAAAGAAACAGGAGAAUGUUCACAGGAAUUGCAAGGCAAACCACUGAUUUAAUAUAGAUUGUGCAAUAUGAGCUCAGAGUUAGAUUGUUGGAUAAACAGAGAAGACCAUGGGAAUGUUGCACAAUGAAAAAUCCUGGAAAAUUAUUUGUUGGCCUAGUACAAGUUAUGUACCUUGAUGUAAAUCCUUAGACUAGGGUACCUAGAUAGCAGCUAAGUGAAUGUAAUGGUGACUAUUGUAUGCGUUUUGCUCAAUCUUUUAAAGAAAUUAACCUUUCACCAAAAC